AGUCUAUGGCGGGCUCUUUAGUGAGCAACAUGUCCAAGGUGUGCGGGCAAUAGCAAAGCUGAACGUUUUAUUUAUACAAGAAAAAAAUGUUUCCACGCUACAUUGUCGUUGCCUUGAUCGCGGUGGGUGUUAAAAUUUUCGCUACCGGUUCGUUCUCCAAAGAAGUGAAACAACCGAACGUGCCGUGGAAAACGCUGCCCCAGCUGUACGACUACGAUGACUUCGAUGAGUGUCGGCGCAGAAACCCGAACUUUCGGUACAGUGUUGUUAGGGCUCAAAUUGUGGAGAAUAGCAGCUCGCUGCAGUGGCAACAAAUCAAAGAAUACUCUGAAAACCCCCGGCACUAUCAACGGGACACUUUGGAAAUUGGCAUUUGUUUAGAUCGCUGCCCAUUGGUUUACAGCGUUGAAACAAGUGCUGAACAGCAAGCGAAACCAUGCGCUGCCAAUCGAGUUUGGACAAACUACCAACUAAACACCAGCAUUGACACGUGGAUAAGUAUUUCUGCAGAUGACUUCAAUCAACCGAAUGGGGCUCUGGAAACGGUGUUUAGCUUCUUGGUCGUGUUGCUUUUGGUAUUAAUAGUAACUUGCACUAUUGUGGACUCUGAGAGCCUCACUAUAAGUAGAAAUAACGAAAAGGACCACGGAAUAUGUGGUUUUAGGAAAGCUGAAUUCCUGCCAAUUAUCCAAGCAUUUUCCCUGUUAGAGAACUUGAAAAAGCUCGGAUCACUCAACUCCAGAUCUCGAAAAGACCUUCUCUUCCUGGACGGUGCUCGCGUCACGACCAUGCUGAUAAUUCUUCUAUGUCACGCGUCCAUACCAAUGAUUCGUAUCCCACUGAAGAACCCAGAACGAAUGGAACAACAGUUCGAAAGUUUUUGGUUUCCGAUUGCCAUGGCGGGGAAUACUUACUUGGUGCAGAUGUUUUUCGUUAUUGGCGGAGUGGUGCUGUCGGUCAAUUUUAUGGAUCAUAUAAAAUCGAAUCCCCAGUUCAAACUGUGGUACUUGAUGGAUAGAAUCGUCAAUCGAUUUGUUCGAAUUUUACCGGUUUAUGCGUUCGUUAUACUCUUCCAGGUAUCCUGGUAUCCGAGACUGAAAGACGGUCCAAUGGCUGACAGGUAUGAAGAUCACUGUAAGGAAAAUUGGUGGACGAAUUUACUAUUUGUCAACAAUUACAUCAACACUAGAGAUCCGUGUUUGCAGUUCACUUGGUACCUUGGAGCAGAUUUCCAAUUGUUUUUAGUUGGAACGAUGAUACUGAUGCUUAUUUGGAGGUUUCCAAGAAUCAUAACAGGACUAUUUUACUUUAUGGUGGUGUUUGCUGUACUAGUUCCUGCUGCUGUGAUCUAUUAUUACAACUUAGAUGCAACUGUCAUGAUGAUUGUGAGACACGUGAUUGCCGAAAUACGAAAUCUUGAGUAUUACCUCAAAGUUUAUGUUACUUUUGAAAGCAAUGCCGGAAACUACUUCUUCGGUAUGAUUACAGGGAUUGUGUACCACAAAUUUAUCGCAACGGGAAGAUCUUUGGAGAGCGUAAAGCAUUUUUAUAAAAUGUUCUUGUCAGUAGCCUUAUUUUUCAUUAGCAUGAAUGGCAUGACCGUGUUUCUACCACGGGAUCACCUUCCAGAGCGAUCGUUACUUCUCGCCAUCUACGGAUCGCUCCUGAAAACGUCUUGGGGUCUUCUAGCAUGCUUCCUGAUAUUCUACCUUACAUUCCAUCCCGGAAAUCUCGUUGCAUCGUUCCUUCAGCAUCCAAUCAUGUUGGUGGCAUCCAAACUAACCUACUGUGCGUACGUCGUCCAGUACACCGUUGUUUAUGCGAUUUACCGCAAUGUUACUUCUCCACUAAUGAGCAGCACUUUUAACACGAUAUUAUUUACAUCCGCUGUGCUGUUCGUCACACUCCUCAUGGGCUUCCUGCUUCAUGUUUGCAUCGAGCAGCCUUUCAUGACAUUAUGCAAACCACUACUCGCGCCGAAGCGUACAAACUCACCGGUUACACCGACUAAAGAGCCUCCAAUCGCACAAAGGGGGAAAGACUGAUUCUAAAUGUUUAGGUAAAUGAUAAGGUGAUAAAGACGUAAAAGCUAAAACAAAUGUGUGUACACAAAAAUAAUCGAAAGAAAAUUCCCUUUUGCAUACUUUAUCACAGCUGGGGUGACAACGAGUUGUUGAGUUGAAUGUUAA